GCUCGGCCUUGUGCGGGCGGCGUGCAAACCGUCUAUGAGAGCAGGUGUGUACACUGUGUCGGCAUGGUACCUCCGAGCCUCGGGCAACAUCGCUGGAGCGCAUUGCGAAUGUGUUGCAGGGUUGAGUGAGACCUGCCAGCACGUUGCCGGCCUCUUAUUCGCCGUUGCCGACAAGGGGGCUGUGCCAGACGAAAACAAGCCGUCGUGCACGGACUUGCCAUGCAAGUGGAUUGUUCCUUCAGAAGCAAAGAAACCAGCACUGAAGCUUCCUUUGCAGGAAAUUCCUUUUCACAGGAACGUCAUUAACAAGCCACCAUGCCUAAAACAGCCACGUAACUACAACCCAAGCCAAAAGGUGACUCGUUAUGAAGAUAUUGUCAAGCUGAAGACAAGGCUUGUAAGUGCGUGUCCAACACUGCAUGCAGUGCGGUACAUGUGCCCCACUGAAAGUGAUCUAGCCACGAAAGCAGCAGCAGCAUAUGUACCCUUGGAAAUUGGUGAUGAGGACGACUUAUGGAACAGUCAUGCCUCAGAAGUUUUGGAUCUCCACUACGAGUCUUUGAAGGCAGUGUCAAGUGCUGAAAGACAACUUAUAUGCACCCGCACACUCGGACAAGCUACCAAUAAGAAUUGGUUUAUUGAAAGAACAGGCCGCUUGACGGCAUCAUUAUUUAAGAGGGUAUGUCGGGUUACAAAAACGGAGGGUUUGCUGAGGACCAUACUUUACCCAAACGACAAAGCAAUAUCAGAAGCAAUGGCAUAUGGGCGGACGCAUGAAGACUGUGCAGUGCAGUCUUAUGUGCUACUGAUGAAAGCCAGAGGCUACAAUGUUGAAGUAAAAAACACAGGAUUGCAUGUGCAUGAAGAAUAUGGAUUUUUGGCGGCAUCACCCGACAGAAUUGUAAAGAUUGAUCAAGAAGAGGGCUUGCUUGAAGUUAAAUGCCCAUUUUCCAAGAUAGGAAUGACUACUGAAACAGCUUGUGAAGAUCCACGGUUUUGCUGUAAGAAGGUAGGUGGAGAAGUUGUGUUAAAGAAGGACCAUGCGUACUAUUUCCAGGUGCAAGGCCAAAUGGCUGUUACAGGACACAAGUGGUGUGAUUUUGCUAUUUGGACUGAGAACAGCCAGCCUGGAAUGCCAGCAAACAUCCAUGUGCAGCGUGUGAGCUUUGAUGAAUUUUUUUGGCAGCAGGACAUGCUGCCUGCCCUCCUGCACUUUGUAAAGCAUGCACUGAUUCCAGAGAUGGUGACCAAACGCGUGAAGAGGCUGGGGAAGUUGUACACUUGCGGACAAUAUGUGUCUUACAAGAAAUUGCAGCAAGGUUUUUAUGUUUGCAGCCCUGUAGAUGAGAGCCUCACUCUAAAGAUCAGGAAGCUGAAGUAAACUGAACAUCGGUUAGGAAGGUUUUUGCAGUAGCAGAAGUGGUAUCUCGCUUAAGCCAAGUAUGACAACCUUAGUGUUCAGGAAAUUAAUACAGCUAUUACAUUUUGUAGUA